CUCAUUUGUUGUUAGUUGUUAGGAGUGUUUACAUAUCCUAAUAAAAAGCACGUGGAAGCGUAUUAAUAAAGGGAAGUUCAAAUUAAAUAAAAUUCCAUCGGUCUUUUUAAGGCACUCCUUUAAACUUUGUUUUGCUCCUUGUUGAUACUGCUCGGACACAGAGAGGAGGGGACAGAUGCUGCCUACAUCGGCUAAAAGCAACUUAGGUAACACACGUACAAGAGCGCUCUGCGGUUGCGAUCAUAGAACCACGUAUUUGAACUUCACUGGAGAUCCAGGAUCUCUGUUAUCGGAACGGCCAGAUUUGCACAGUGAUGGAAGAAUUUGAGAAUUACUCCUAUGAGUACUUGGAGUAUGGUGACUUUGAAGAAGUGGAACAAGGAUAUGUCCAGCGUGAAGCUUUGCACAUCAUUUCAGUGGUCAUCUACAGCAUCUCCUUUGUGCUGGGUCUCAUUGGAAACGGCAUUGUCAUCUGGGUGAUGGCAUUUAAAAGCAAGCGGACAGUGAACAGUGUGUGGCUGCAAAACCUGGCCAUGGCUGACUUUCUGUUCGUGCUCUUUUUGCCCUUCUCCAUCGAUUACGUGCUUCGGGACUUCCACUGGAAGUUUGGCCUGGCUAUGUGCAAAUUAAACUCCUUUGUGUCAAUGGUCAACAUGUAUGCCAGCGUGUUCUUUCUGACGGUGCUCAGUUUGGACCGCUACUUUUCACUGGUACACAUAAGCAGGGCUCAGAGGCUGCGCACUGUCCAAAGAGCCUGGGGAGUGUGCGGGGGUGUGUGGGGCUUGGCCGCUGCAAUCAGCUUCCCCGCCCUGAUAUUGCGCGACACCAUUCAGCUGCACAACAGGGUGGUGUGCUUCAACAACUUCUACGCCGAGGACAGGCACACGGCAGCCCUGCGGCACAUUGCCAUGGUGACGGUGCGCGCGCUGGUGGGGUUCCUUCUCCCCUUCUGCGCCAUCAGCGUAAGCAGUAUACUGCUAGCAGUCCAGGUGCACCGCUCAGACUCUGCACGUCUGUCCAGCUUCUCCAGGACCAUAUCAGCGCUCAUUUUGGCCUUCUUCUUAUGCUGGGCACCCUUUCACAUCUUCAGCCUUAUGGAACUGUCAAUGCACUCCACACUAUACCUACAUGUGGUGCUACAGACAGGGUUCCCUCUGGCCACCAGCCUAGCUUUUUUCAACAGCUGCAUCAACCCCUUGCUCUACGUGCUGCUGGGAAAGAAGGUCCGCCGUAUGCUCAAACGAUCGUGUCUGGACAUCACCAAAAGCUCGCUGCAGGAAAUCAGCCAGUCCAUCUCUGCCACGGAGUCCGUGUCAGCACCAGUCAGCUGCACUGCCGAGGAGCCCACUGCACUGUCCGCUGUAUGACUGAGCCCAGGUUCUGUGAACAACAUCACAUGGAUGUCUUCUCCUGUAAUCAGUACAUUUGACUUUCUUCUUCAAAAAACAUUUUGCUAUUUUGUU